AUCUUCUUCUACUACAACCCUUGCCGAUAAUUGACAAGGGCAGUUGAAUUAUGCCUGCAACCAUAGUAUUGCCUUUUGGACUUCCAGGAUACGAAAUGUACACCUGGGCCAAUAAACGGCAGAUAGCUCCCCUACGUUAAACAUCGUAUAUAAGUUUGUGCGGACAAGUAUUUAGGUAUGUGCGACCAUGUCAAAUGACAGCUACGACAUAAUUCAGCGUACACGAAUUGCCACGUCAUCAGGUGCCUUCGUGAUCAAUUUACAAUCGCAUCCGUAGGGAACCUGCCAGUCCAAUAUUGUACUCUAUCCGUGGUUAUGGGACUAGAGAAUCUCCCCAUUGCAAAUCCGACUUCCAGAGACAUCACGGUUGUCGUUCUCAACCACACUGAGGAUGGACUCGACCUAGAUCCCGAGUCCAGACACCUCUACUGUGGACAGUGGGAGCCCUCAACCUCGCUACCACCCCAGUCGAUCCGCCCCAGAGAAAGUGUCCUAUGGCAAUGUAAAUCAACGGGGAUAGGACGAGGCGUUGAGGGCUCUGUCACGUACAGGAUGUCAGGCGCGGUACCCCACGAUAAAGUUAGAUUUUGUUGGAAGAUACGCUACUUCGGGCUAAACCACUACGAAGCAGCGGUUACACGGGAUGGAUAUGGAGUCAGAGUGUUGGGUGGUGAAGGGGAUCAUGCUGUGGUUGUAUUUGUUUUUGGUCCCACCACCGCAUGACCCCAACUAACUUUCCCAAGAAUUUUAGGUAGCACAGUGGAUUCAAACACCGCGAUGCUUGGUAUUUAGCUUUUGUUAAAUUGAGA